AUGUCUCUCCACGAGAAGGUUAAGGACGACGUCCCCGAGCAGAAGGCGAUUAUUGUCGAGUUCAAACCUGGAGAUCCCGAGAAUCCUCGAAAUUGGCCAGAAUGGAGGAAAUGGUGCAUUGUCGCUGCGAUUACUCUCGUCGACCUCAGCGUCUCCUGGGGUGCCUCAGGUUUCUCUCCGGCAACCACGAAGUUUGAGAAGUCCUUCAAUGUCAGCGCAGAAGUCGACGUGCUCGGGCUCUCGCUCUACGUGCUUGGUCUGGCAAUGGGGCCCAUGACUUUGGCCCCGUUGUCUGAGUACUUUGGGCGAACAUUACUCUACGUCGUACCGUACGGGAUUUUCCUCCUCUUCUUGCUAGGGACAGCAUUGGUGACAAAUCUUGGCGGAUUCCUUGUCCUAAGGAUCCUAUCUGGAAUGUUCGCCAGCGUGACGAUUGCCAACUUUGGCGGUACCAUCGCGGAUAUGUGGCCGAGACACGAGGUCGGUCCACCGAUGAGCGUGUUCCUUUGGGCGGCUGUAUGCGGCAGCCCAAGCGGGUAUUUCUUGAUGUCCUUCGUUGCUCAAACCCGAGGGUGGAGAGACGUCUUCUGGGCAUUACUGGGCAUCUGCGGUGGCUCCUGGGUCAUUCUCACCACCGUGCUGGUCCCUUUCAAGAACGAGACGAGGCAUGGGACGCUACUCAGGAGGAGGGCUGCCAGGCUGCGAAGGGAACGUCCAAGCGAGCGGGAUAUCAUCAAUGUGCCGGACUCUAUGAAGGCGAAAAGCGUGAGCGAACUUUUCAGGACCACUCUGACCAGGCCGUUCCGUUUCCUAGCCACUGAAGCAAUCAUUAUCUGCUGCGCCUUGUACAAUGGCUACCUCUACGGCCUGUCGUUUUUGUUUAACGGUGCUUUCAGCCUCGUCUUCGGCCCCAAAGGAUAUGGAUUCAGUACCAUCGGCGUUGGCUUGACGUUCCUUGGGUUGAUCAUCGGCGUCUGCAUAGGACCUGUCGUGAAUAUCUGGCAAGAACGCUAUUAUCAACGUCGCAUUCGCCAGGACCUUGGCCAAUCUGUCGAUACCGCCGUCGAAGCAUGCAAGGAAGAAGACGUCUUCAAAAAUAUCCCAGAAGCACGGGUCCAGCUAGGAAAAGUCGCAGCAGUAACUCUUCCGAUCAGUCUCUGGUGGUUCGCCUGGACGACUCCCCCGGAUGCACUGGCUGGCAUCGGACUGGUGAGGAAUCUUGCAGGAGGGACGUUCCCUCUGUUUGGGAACCAGAUGUUUGAGAAUGAAGGAUACAAUUGGGCUGGUACGAUCCUGGCUUGCUUGGCGAUGUUGUUGAUUCCGAUUCCUUUUGUGCUGGAGAAGUAUGGUACGGGAUUGAGGGCACGAUCGCCGUGGGCAAGAGAUCAUAUGGAUUGA